AAUUAAAUUCAAUUGUAGAGUCGCUUCGAUUGCAUCACCUGGUUCACCUUCCCCCUUUUCUCUGUCCUGUUUAUAAAUCCCCUCGGUGGUCGAUUACGUUGCUACUCGAUUAUGUCGUCGACGAUGAACUCACAGGGGAUGGCUCUGGCCGUGGCCACAGCCAUGGCAGCCGUCUCCGGCACUGUAAUUCUUCUCUCCUUCUGCAUCCAAAAAUCCAUCCAAUUCUCACCUCCGACACCAUCUCUCCGUUCCUGUAUUCCCUCCGACACGAAGAAGACCAAGAAGAAGAACAAAAGGGUCCACUUCGCAAAAGACGUCGUCGAUCCUAUCAGCAACGGCGACGAUUUCCGAAGACAACACGAACUCGCUUGCAACAAUAAUUCCAACACCGCUUCUCCGCCGUUGCAAAACCCUCCCACCGCCCCUCGAGGAAUGCCGGCGAACAGAGUAGCGCUCUAUAACGGGAUUUUAAGAGAUCGCGUCGUUCAUCGUUACGCUUACUCUUGUUGAAAUUCGCUUCAAUUCCCCAAUUUGUAACUCUCCUCUGUAUAGAAUUUGACGUAAUUAAAAUCCCUCUUUGCACAAA